AUGGCGCCCAAAACUUCCAAGGUUCCCGUCCAGAUCGUGCCGGAGAAGCGAGGCUACGAGUUCGGUGGACCCCUAGGAGCCUUUGGUAUUGUCUUCGGCCUUCCCGUCCUGGUCUACGUCUUCUACUUCGUCUGCAAUGAUGUUUCGGGCUGCCCCGCGCCUUCAUUGUUGAGCCCCUCGACCCUGUCCCUCGAACAAUUGAAGCUCGAAGUUGGCUGGCCGGCGGAAGGCCUGGCGGGACUUUGGGACACUGAGGUGGCCCUGUGGACUCUGAGCUACUAUAUGUUCAGUCUGUUCCUGCAGAUCUUCCUGCCUGGUCAGGAGGCGGAGGGUGUUGACCUUGCAUGUGGGGGAAAGCUCAAGUACAAGUUUAAUGCAUUCCCUACUGCCAUCAUCAUCCUUUCCAGCCUCGCGACGGGCACCUACAUGUACGGCGCGGAUUUCGUCGUCUGGACCUUCCUGUGGGAUAAUUACCUACAGGUUAUCACCGCCAACAUCUUGAUUUCCUCGUCCAUUGCGCUGUUCGUUUACAUCAAGAGCUUCUCAGUCCCCGAGGCCGGCAAGCCCAACCCGGAGCUCCGACAACUCGCACCUGGUGGCCACACCGGCAAUGUUUUGUACGACUUCUUCAUCGGUCGGGAGCUAAACCCCCGUAUUCGUUUGCCUAUCCCCUUCGUUAGCGAGGCAUCCCGCAUCAUUGACAUCAAGGUGUUCAUGGAGAUGCGACCCGGUCUUCUCGGAUGGACCAUUCUGAAUCUGUCCAAUGUCGCCCACCAGUACCGUACCUACGGCUACGUGACCGACUCUAUCGUCCUGGUGACUAUCUUCCAAGGUUUCUAUAUUCUGGAUGCCUUGUAUAUGGAGCCUGCUAUCAUGACCACGAUGGAUGUCAUCAUGGAUGGGUUCGGCUUCAUGCUCUCCUUUGGUGAUGUUGUCUGGGUUCCUCACAUCUACAGCGUCCAGAGCCGCUAUCUAUCCGUCUUUCCCAUGGAACUGGGAUGGAGUGGCAUUGCUCUGGUGCUGGGUGUGACCGCCGUUGGAUACUCGAUCUUCCGCGGCGCCAACAACCAGAAGAACCGAUUCCGCACCGACCCCAACGACCCCCGCGUCAAGCACAUCAAGUUUAUUGAGACUGCUAGCGGAUCGAAACUCAUGACCUCCGGUUGGUGGGGUCUGGCCCGGCACAUCAACUACCUUGGUGACUGGGUUAUGUCGUGGGCUUACUGCCUGCCGACCGGCAUUGCUGGGUACACUCUUAUCGAGAGCAUCAGCCCCUCCACCGGCAACAUGCAGAAGCAGGCCGUGCAGACCCCCGAAGUUCGUGGUUGGGGUAUGAUCCUCACUUACUUCUACAUGCUCUACUUCGGUAUCCUUCUGAUCCACCGCGAGAUGCGGGACGAGGAGAAGUGCCACAAGAAGUACGGCAAGGAUUGGGACCGUUAUACCUCCAUGGUGCGCAGCCGCAUCAUUCCUGGAAUCUACUAG